AUGGAGCUCGGUGGCAUCCAGGUCCCCAUGGAGCUCGGUGGCAUCCAGGUCCCCAUGGAGCUCGGUGGCAUCCAGGUCACCAUGGAGCUCGGUGGCAUCCAGGUCCCCAUGGAGCUCGGUGGCAUCCAGGUCACCAUGGAGCUCGGUGGCAUCCAGGUCACCAUGGAGCUCGGUGGCAUCCAGGUCACCAUGGAGCUCGGUGGCAUCCAUGUCACCUUGUCCUUGGCAGGGUCUGUGUCACUGCAGCACGAGGUGGGCAUGUCACCGCAAGCUCGCCAAUACCAGGACUCCACUCAGAGCAGGUUCAUCAGCAUGAACAGCUGGGACCCACCCGGGCUCUCGGGGCUUGCAGACCAGAGCCCGCUGCAGGAGGCAGUCUCGGCCUUCACCGCUCUGGAGUGGCCGCCCACGGAACUCUUCCUGCCCAUCUCCGUGGUGGCUGUCACUGGGGAACACACCUCACUGGACAGGCUCGAAGACCUUGCUCAGAAAGUUCACCCCAGGAGAGGGGAAUUGGAAGUGUUGGGAAGCCGGCCCAGUGAAUUCCUCACCUUCCUCCUUAAGAGGGUCAGGAGGAAAGGCCUGCCACAGCUGUGCUGUAGGGAGCUUGGCGUGGCCUGGUUUGCUCCGUACCUGGGCCUGAUGGUUGCUCUGAGCAGACUCUGUCUCUCCAGAAUCAUCCUGAACUCUUGUUUGGUCCAGUGCCUCUACCUGCACUCUGUCCUCUGCAUUCAAGGUCACCUGGACCAGGUACUCAGGUGCCUGGAGACCCUCUGGAUAACUAACUGGAGUCUGGCUUGGUCCCUGAACUUGAGGGAUGCCAUCCUGACCAGCUUAAAUCCUGAGUUGCUCCAAGUUCUGCUAGAGAGAGCCUCAGCCUCCCUUCACCUCCUGGACAUAGGUGCAUGUGGCAUCACGGACUCCUAGCUCCCUGCCAUCCUGCCUGCCUUGGGCCACUGCUCCCAGCUCCUUCUCUUCAGGUUCCAUGGAAACCAGUCUUCGUUCAGAGUCCUGGAGUGGUACCUGGCCAUCCAACACACUCUCCACCCGGGGAAUCUUCAAAGGUAUCUGGCUGAGCUGAGGCUGAUAUUCCAGGAGUUAGAGCCUUGGCCUGACUGCACGGGCAGCCACCUCAAGCCAUGCCACUGGGCUGUCUUCACGCAGCUCCUGGAGGCGCCCCACGUCGGGGUUCUGGUGACAGGCUAUGUGGCAGAGGGCCUGGCGGUGGCCGGCACUCACAGGAGCACCUAG